AUAGUACUUUAUAAUGCACUGAGGUGGUCCGGAGUCACAGCCCCCUCUUCACUGUGGUUCACUAUGCUGGGAAGGUCCAGUAUAAUGGAGGAGGCUUCCUAGAGAUGAACAGAGAUACCAUCCCAGCCAGCAUCAGAGACCUCUUCAUCAACAGUGUCACCCCUCUACUCAGUGUCCUUUUUGCAGCCACAAUCUCCAGGACAGGGACCUUGAUGCCACGCAAAGCAAAGGUCAUGCAAAAGGCAGAUGACAACUUUAACUCAACUAGGAAACAGUCGGUGGGGGCCCAGUUUAAGCACUCUCUGGCUGUGCUGAUGGAGAAGAUGUUUGUGGCCAGUCCUCACUUUGUUCGCUGCAUUAAACCUAACGGCAACAAGCUUCCUGACCAGGUGGACAACAAAAGGGUCAUGGACCAGCUAAGAUACAACGGCCUGCUGGAAACAAUCAGGAUACGAAGAGAUGGCUUCUCCUGGCGACCCUCAUUCAAAGAAUUUGCUCAGAGAUAUAACAUUCUGCUGAUCAAGCCAGAUUUACCACUAACCAAGGAAAGCUGCUUGUCCAUCCUCAACACGACUGCGAUACGUGGCUGGAAGUGUGGGUCGUCUCGUCUGUUCUUUAAGUACUGGCACCAGGAGGAGUUGUCCAGGCUGUUGGAGAGACUGGGCAAAGCCGCACUUGUCAUCCAGAAAAACUACCUCUCUCUGCGCUACAGGAGGAAGUACCUGUCCCUACUGUUGGAGGUGAGCAGACAGAGGCAGGCUCAGAGAGAGAGGGAGGAGGAGCUAGAGGAGGAGAACAAGAGGCCCGUCUCUCCACCCGUGCCCCUACCCAGGAGGAAGAAGCCUCAGCCCCGGCCUCGCUCCAUCAUGCCCACAGCUGCCCACCUGGCCCCCGUCCCCCGGCCCCGCAACAAACAGUUUGAGGCCACUCCCUUUGACAACCUGGAGGUGCACAGUGAGCUGGCUGAGCUGAUGGGCCAGGUGGGAGGAGAGGAGCGGGCCAGGGAGAGGAGCAAGAAGAGAAGGGACAACAUCCGCUGGUUCAAGGAGACGCAGGCCCGCAAGGUGGUCCGCAACGGUGCCUUUCCCUGCUGGUUCCAUGGCAUGAUAACACGUAGACAAGCGGAGGAUCUGAUGACAGACAAGCCUGUAGGCUGCUUCCUGAUUCGUGUAGGACAGAGCCGGGAGGGCUACACACUAACAUACAAGGGGGCAAACCGCUGUAGGCACUACAUGAUUGAGAUGCAGUCCAACGGGAAGUAUGUGAUCCUAGGGGAGGAUAAAGCCCACCCCUCCCUGCCUGACCUGGUGCAGCACCACAGCCGGGUGGGCAUCAAGCCCUUCAACGAGCUGCUCACCACCUCCUGUGGACAGACAUGUGACCACAAUACAGACUAUGAGGACUUGAAGUGCCUGGAUCACCUGGCCGUGGUUGACCGCAGGAGCACCGUGUCUGGGGAAGAGGAGGGCGAGUUGAGCCCGGAUCAGGUCCACCUUGAGUUCCAGCAGCUCUUCCUGCCUCCGGGGCAGAACCCCGCCCUGGAGGCCCAGAGACCCCCUGUCCUCAGGCGGAUAUCUGACCGCAGACACCGGGCCGAGGCUGAAGGAGGAGGGGAGGCCCUGGGAGGGAAGCUCAGAGAUGGGGAGAGAGGAAGAGCGUGGGGAGAUGAGCGGGACCGCAAGAGCAGGCCUUUUCCCCGGUUGUAUCCUUCCAUCCGAUUGGCUAUGAGGGAGAUCCAGCAGAUCCAACAGCACUUUUCAGAUGUCCAGGAACAGAGCCCCGCCGUCUCUCACAGUACACCCAAGCCCUCCUGGAGGAGGACAGAUUCAUAACCCAUGUGAUGGAGUUCAUUCAAAGCUGCUAUUUGUUGUUUUUGCCUAUCUGAAUGAGUUAACUGGACCUUAUUCUGUCAAGCGUUAACCAGGUUUUUAUAAACAAAUUGUAAGGAGAUACUUCCUUGUUUUACUAGUGUUUUAUUUAGUCACAAUUUUAAUAUAAAUUUGUUUACGUUUCUGAAUAUUGUUUUAUGUGUGUAUGUAAAUUAUUCAGUGGGAAUUUUACAUUCACUGUUUUACUGAAUGUGUUUUUUACAUUUUAGAUAUCUGGUUGUGCAAGUUUUUUUUCUUCAUAAUAAUAAAAUCUGC